AUGAUGCCCAUGCAACCCCCGCCCCAACCACCACACCAGCACUUCAACCCCAAUCCUGCCGCCAUGAACCAACGACAGCAACACCAACAGCAGCAGCGCUACAACCAAGCCUCCGCUUCCUCCAUGGGCUUCUAUCCUCCCAACGCCGUCAAUGCGCACGACUCCUACCAAGCCUCCCUGCCGCCCGCGUCGCCGCAACCCGUGUACUCCUCCCCACACGCUGCGCCCUCCAUCCAGCUCCACGAUGCCCCGCCAACAAAUCCACCCUCGUCGUCCAACACCACCCACGACGCCUCCUUCGCCUCCUCCACUUCCUCCUCACUCCCCUCCUCCUCCAGGCUUCGCCGCGUACGUCCAGACACAGAGGAGAUCAAGCGCGUCGGUCGCUCCCACUACGUAGAGCUCCUCGGCUUCCUCCGCACCCACCUCGCCAAAGUCGAACAGACCGCACCACGCUCCAACGCACGCGAAAAACUUACCCGUCUCAGCAAGCAGCAGUUCACAGAGCUCUCCACAGACGUCUACGACGAGCUCAUGCGCCGCCAAAACAGCGCAAAGGAUGCCACCACACAGCCCUUCCUCGCCGUCCGCGACGAGUUCCAUCCAAAACGCAAUCAGGCACGCCAAAAGCUCGCCACCUUGCCCAAGAAUCGUUUCAAGGACCUCGCCUCGGACGUGUUCUUCGAGCUCGAACGCCGCUUCCCCGAGCUCAAGCACGAGUUUCGUCCAGAGGCCAUCGCACGCGAACGGGCACGUGAACAGCAGAUGCGCGACGAGGCCGAAGCUGCCCUACAACGCAAGGACUCGGUGGGCCAACCACAACCCUCCACCUCGGACCGCAUCGUGCCCGCCAAGAGCACGCUCGUCGAGGAGGACAUCGCCGUGCCGUACUCGGCCAACGCAUCCAAGUCGGGCCUGCGCAGCGCCGACACCGACGCCGCCUCCGAGAGGGUCUCGUCGCCGCUGCGCGACUCGAUCGGCUCCAACGGCCUCAACGGCAUCCCCGACAACCGCAGCACCAUGUACAGCCAGGCGAGCAGCGUAGGCACCGGCUUCUUCAACGGAUACACCGGCAGCACCGUCGCAGGCAGCAUCGCCAGCCCCAACCUCGGCCGCUCCAGCGCAUUCGAGUCGUCCGACGCCUCGUCGGCCAUGCUCGAAAAGAUGCGCUCCGACUACGAACUGCGCAUCGCCAAGCUGCAACAGCAGGUCAGCUCGCUCGAGGCGCAGGUGGCCGAGGCGGGCACACGCGUGCGCAACGCAGACGAGCUCGCCGGCCGCAACGAAGAGCUCGACCGCCAGCUGAGCCAGCUGCGCAAAGAGCUCGACGAAGCCAAGCAGAAGCACGACGACCAGCGCGACCAACACCGCGAGCUGGCAUCGCAAAAGGACUCGGAGCUCGAGUCGGUCAGGAGAGAGCUCGCCGAACGCGCCACCAUCGGCGGGCCCGCCGACUUUGAGGCGCUGCAGAAGGAGCAUGCGCAGCAGGCCGAGGUGGUGGGCGAACUCAAGCAAGAAGUGAGCACGCUGCUCGAGGAGCUUCGCCAGCUCUCGGCACGCCACGAGGAGAUGCAGGCGGAUCGCGACAACGACGUGACGGUGAUCAAGGACCUCAACGCGCAGAUGGCCAACUACAAGCGGCUCUACGAGACGGCCAAGACGGAGCUGCGCAAUCUCAAGGCCACCUCGCAGCUGUACGUGCAGCCGCCCAAGGCGGACGACUUCCUGGCGGCGUCGGAGCGAGGCGCGAUCGCCGACGUCAACCUCACGGCGUUCCAGAGCUCGAUCGACGAACUGCUCGCAGCGGCGCGAUCCAAGACGCCGGGCAAUGUGCUGCUUUCGAUGAAGACGGUGGUGCUCGCCACGACGCUCGUCACCGACGAUGUGGCCAAGUACGAGCAGGUGCCUGCCAACGCGGCGGAGCUGUCGGGCGACGAGCAGGAGCAGCUGAUGGCGCUCAAGUCCAAGUGCUCGGCCACGCUCAACAACCUCAUGACGGCGUGUCGCAACCACGCCUCGUCGCACGGCCUGUCGCCCGUGAGUCUGCUGGAUGCGGCGGCGAGCCACGUGUCGGCGACGAUUGUGGAUCUGGCGAAGCUGCUCAAGGUGCGCAAGGCGAGCAAGAGCGAGGCGGACGAGUUCCAGGCGAGGUUCGGCGAGGAUGCGGCGGCGGCGGGGCGGCUCAAGCCGCUGCACAUCAAUGCGCAGGCGGCGAGCCGCGAUGCGAGCGCCACGCUGUCGCCCAACACGGCCAACACGUUUAGCUUUGCGAGUCUCAACCCGAGCGACGAUCGUUUCUCGCCGCGCAUCCGCAACAGCCCGACCAUGGGGCGCUACUCGCCCAUCGGAUACAAGGCCGAGACCAUCCGCAAGGAAUCGGGCGGCGACAGCCAGUGGCGCAGCCGUGCCACCUCGUUCUCGUCCACGGGCAGCGCCGGUGCCAAUCUCAGCACGCCCAGCAUGGCUGCAAUGCCCGAGAUGCCCAGCCUGGACGGAGCCAAGCGAUACAUGGCGGACGUUUCGACAUUGUCGUCGUCGUCGGCAGCGACAGCAGCGGCAGGCAACGGCAAUGGCAACGGCAGCAAGGACGUGGCUGGUGGUGUCAACGGUGGGGCAGCGGUGACGGGGUCGCCGCAGACGAGCGACAGCCAGGUGCAGAGGUCCGAGACGUACGACAGCCUGCACACGACGACGUCGGCGAGCGGGAGCGGAUUUGGAAGCCAUUCGGGCGAGGAGAACUGGACGGAGCUGCGCAACUACAUCGAGGUGCAGACCGAGGCGAUUGUGCAUUCGAUCCAGGCGCUGCUGUCUGCGAUCCGCGAAGGAGCGCAGGGUGUGCAGCUGAGCGAGAACCUCACGCAGAUCACGACGAUUGUGUCGUCGAUUGUGGCGAUCUCCAAGGGCAACCUGCCUGCCAAGAGUCGUGCCGAGGGCGAGCGCAUCCUGGACGAGCUGACGGACAACUGCGACCAGCUGAGCGAGAUGCAGAGCCACCCGACGUUCGACAAGAGCACCAAGUCGAGUAUGGCGAGUGCGUCGUAUGGGGUUGCCAAGGGUCUCAAGGCGCUCAAUGUGCUCUUCAACGAGGCGGAUGCGUCGCAGUAG